AGUCAACAGAUCUUGACAACAAACAGCAGAGACGUCUGAACUGAAUGUUUAUUGAUUGUUUACUAUUGAUGUAGAAUUUGAUUUGACAUUUGAUUAUCAGAGCUGUGUAGAUGUCAGUAUUGAUCCAGGAUCAGUCUGACACACAGUGAUGUCACAGGCUCCUCUUGACAAAGAUUAAAGCUAAAAGCUAAGCUAACAAGUUUCAACUGUCCAAUUUAAAUUUUAUUGUAUUUUAGACUCAGAGAGGAAAGAAAGACAAUUUACUGAAGGACACAAAGUGAGAAAAUAAUUAUUGUUUUAAUUAAAGAAUAAAUCUGUUCAAUACUUUUUUUUUCAAUUUAUUUAGUUUCAGACGUGAUUUAUGUCAUAAUAACUCGACAGUGUGCUCUGUUUAUAAAAUAAUUAUGCUGAUGUUAGAUACUGGUUUUCAUUCAGUGUUGUGUUGAGUCCUGGACCUGGACCUGGACCUGGACCUGGACCUGGACCUGAACCUGGUCCCUCCACCCACUGAUAAGAUGAACCAUAAACCUUUGAGCAGAUAAACGUCAGCUGAUUUUAUGGUUUUGUUUUGAGCAGCUGUACAUUAAAACCAUGAGGUGAAGACUCAGACCGAUCUGGAUGAAGGCAGGUGAAGGCAGAUCCAGAGACAGUUCUCUGCUGAGUGUAGUUGGGGACAGGAGAUACUAGAAAGAGAUCAGAAAGGUCCAGCAGGUCCAUCAGUGUGGAGGUCUGGAGUUCUGACCAGGUGGACGGAGACUCAACACUACCAGGAUGAAGAGGGGAACCCGGGCUGGACUGACAGGUCUGCAGAAUCCUGGACUGGAGCUGGAGACAAGGAGCAAGACAAUCCAGGUCUCAGGGGGCCCUCAGGUCUCAGGGGGCCCUCAGGUCUCAGGGGGCCCUCAGGUCUCAGGGGGUCCUCAGGUCUCAGGGGGCCCUCAGGUCCCGGGGGGCCCUCAGGGGUCCAGGUCCUCUGUGUCUGCAGCAGUGACGGCUGCAGCUCGCUGGGCUUCGUACUCGUGUGGCCGCUGGAAGCAGAGAAGAGGGAAACUGAAAGGUGUUCAGCUGGCGACCAGGUACACAGGUCUGGCUGAGGAUGAUGAAGAGCAGAAGGACGAAACUGACACAACAAACGAAAACCAGCAGCUGAAUAAAAAACUGCUGAAUUACUUCAGACAGCUGGACACCAGCAACCAGGACACAGACCAGGUGGACCUUCAGUUUGUGGAUGAAGUGAUCUCAGAUGGAGCCGAUCCAAACAGCUCGGACAGAUUCGGACAGACCGUCCUGCAUGAGAUCUCCAGGGCCUGGAGCGUGGAUGUGAUGCGGUUCUUCUUGGACCGGGGCUCAGACCUCCUCAGGCCGGAUCAGUUUGGAGUCACAGUGCUUCACGUGGCCUCGGCGCUGGACUACCAGGAAAUGGUUCAGUUUCUGCUGGACCGAAAAGCUGAUCCCGAGGCUCGGACUCUUCUGGACCAGCAGACUCCUCUUCACUACGCUGCCAAGAACGAUGCUGUCGGCUCCAUCAGACUGCUGCUGCAGGCCGGAGUUGCCAUCAACUGCACCGAUUACAAACAGAGAACUCCACUGCAGCUCGCCGCCAACCUGGAGCGCAGUGAGGCAGCUCAGCUGCUGUUGGAGCUGGGGGCGGAGGCGGGGCUAAAGGACUCUGACGGACAGCUCUGUAUGACUGCUCUGAUUGGUCGGAUGAGUUCAGUGGCCCGGCUGGCGCUCAGUCAGUUUCAGGUGACUGACAGAUUGACCAGACAGCAGUACUACUACCUGAACCUGCUAGAACCAGAACAACACUCACCUGAGUCCCCGCUGCAAGACGCUGACAUCCGUGAGCCGACGUCUCCACUGGAGGUGCUGGUGCAGGAGGGGAAGUUGGACCUCAUCAUGGAUCCGGUCUUCCUCAAACUGAUCCAAGUCAAAUGGAAACUCUAUGGCAGGCUGGGGGCAUCGCUUCUCCUCAUCCUCAACUUCCUGUUCAACGUCGCCUGGACGACCGUUGCUGUCUCUGUGUCCGUCCAUCGAGACUCAUCUGACCGCUACGUCCUCCCUCAGGAUUGGUGGCGUAUCCUCAUCAUGAUCCUGGCACUCCUAUUGGCUCUGGAGGAGGUGCUGAGGGAGAUGCAAGACAUCCUGCGCUCAAGGAGGAAGCUCCGCCUUCGGCAACAGUGGGCGGAGCGUCGUCUCCAUGACGACUUGCGCUGCUCACAUCCCAUGUGGCCUCAGGAGAAAGUUUUUUUUGUGGAUCAGAACCGACAGAUUCACAGGAUGAGAGGACGCUACAGCCAAGACAUGUGGAACGUGUUUGAUUGGCUGGUGUAUUCUCUGCUGACGGUGUCAUUCAGCGUCCACAUGGCCGACGUGUUUCGUCCGUCCAUCCUUCUUCACACCAUCAGUCUGCGUCUGUUCUCAAUCACUGUCAUCUUCCUGUGGCUGCGACUGAUGAAGCACGUCAGAGCCUUCAGGUUGAUGGGUCCGUUUAUCGUCAUGUUGGGGAACAUCGUUGGGGACGUGAUGUGUUUCCUGUUCCUGUACGCUGAAAUCUUUAUUCCCUAUGCCUGCAGCUUCUGGAUCAUAUUCGGAGGCUCAUCAUCAGUUCCCAGCAUGCAGUCUGUCUCUGGUCUGCUGUACAGUCUGUACCGCAUCACUCUGGUGGACGAGUACGAGUACGCUGCCAUGGUGGCGGUGGAUGAUGUCAUGGCUCCUCUACUGUGUGGGACGUUUCUGGCUGCGUCCUCCAUCCUGUGUGUCAACAUGCUGAUCGCUCUGCUCACUGACACCUUCCAGAGGGUGCACGACAACUCGCAGGCUAAUGCUGUGAUGCAGCAGGCCGCCGUCAUCCUGCAGGUGGAAGAAUCCAUGCCCCUCCUCCGCCGUUUCUAUGACAACCAGUACAUCUCCAAUCACUGCGCGCCCCUGGCCGACACCUAUGACAUCACAACCAACCGCCAUUACCAUGAUGAGAUGGGCUGCAUCAACGCUGAGAUCAAAGAGACUCUGGAUCAGUUCCUGGAUUUACAGAAAGACGUGCAGACAGUCGGAGCUUCUAAAAUCCAGACUGACCAGGACCAGAACCUGCAGAACCAGGAGCUCCAGGACCAGAACUUACAGAACAAGGAGCUCCAGGCUAUCCGAGCAGAGCUGAAGGAGCUCCGGACUCUGGUCCAGCAGCUGGUUCAGAUCAGGACUGACUCAAGUUGACGGGUUUGAGACAAAGAGGAGACAAACCCUGAUGGAUCUGUGAGGACCAGAACUGGUUCUGAUCAGGUCUGACCAGUGAGAAGUGAAGACAGUUUGUCUGUCGACUCAGAAUAAAAUCAAAGAAUCUGAUUCAACAUGUUUUUUCUGUAAUGACACAAUUCAGCGAAUUAGAUGUUAAUUAUUAUUGUACGUUAUAUGUUUUAUGUAUAUAAUAUAUAGAAUUAUAUUGAUAUUCUGCACAUUUUCAGGUCUGUACUGUUAUCAGUGGGUCCGAGUAGAACAGGUCCACAUACUUUAACACACAAAAUGUACAUAUACAUAUAACACGUGUAUUUAUGUAAUGCCUGUUACAUGGUGAUGCACAUAAAUUACAGAAGUAAAGGCUCGACUGCAAACAACAUGUUCCAGGCAGAGCAGAAAGUCCCUUUGGACUUUUUCACUUUGCAGAACUUUUACAGGCACAAAAAUGUUUUGUAACACAAUAAAGGAAAGGAACAAACCAAAAGCAGAAUAUGACCUUUUUAAAACAAAUAUGUGACGGUGUUUGAAAAGCAUGAAACUAAAAGUUAAAAUGUUAUUAGACUGAAUAAAAUGUUAUUAAAUUAUUAAUGUAUUAUUAUUAAAUUAAAUCCAUUAUAUCAACUCCA